CUAUAGGAUUUGUGUGGGAUAGAAGGUUAACUAGAACCUUCCGCCCGUAAGGCUUUCACCUCUACAUCUCCCGGCCUCACUAACGGAUAGAAUGACGGCCAGGAAGGCGGUGGGUCUGGCCGCGCUCGAGAGCUCCGGCCACCUCUCCCCUCUCGCCAUAACCCGGAGGAGCACUGGAGCUGAGGAUGUGGCGAUAAAGAUUCUCUACUGCGGGAUAUGCCACUCUGACCUGCACAGCAUUAAGAACGAGUGGAAAAACGCUAGGUACCCGAUGAUCCCUGGGCACGAGAUCGCCGGCGAGGUCAGCGAGGUGGGCAAGAAGGUGACCAGGUUCGCGGCCGGCGACCGCGUGGGCGUCGGGUGCAUGGUGAACUCGUGCGGGUCGUGCGAGAGCUGUGCCAAGGGCUGCGAGAACCACUGCCCGGCCAUGGCCUUCACCUACAACUCGUUCGACGACAGCGGCAGCGGCACCAACGCCGUCACCUACGGCGGCUACUCAAGCAUGGUGGUGGUGAAGGAGCGCUUCGUUGUCCGGUUCCCGGAAGCCAUGCCGCUGGACAAGGGCGCCCCGCUGCUCUGCGCCGGCAUCACCGUGUACAGCCCCAUGAAGCACCACGGGCUCAACAUCCCCGGGCUGCACCUCGGCGUUGUGGGGCUGGGCGGGCUGGGCCACAUGGCCGUCAAGUUCGGCAAGGCGUUUGGGAUGAAGGUAACGGUGAUCAGCUCGUCGCCCGGGAAGAAGGAGGAGGCCCUCGGGCGGCUCGGCGCCGACGCGUUCGUCGUCAGCAACAACGCCGACGAGAUGAAGGCCGCGAUGAGCACCAUGGAUGGCAUCAUCAACACCGUGUCUGCAAACAUGCCCAUAGCCCCUCUCCUCGGCUUGCUCAAGCCCAACGGCAAGAUGGUCAUGGUCGGCCUCCCGGAGAAUUCCAUCCAGCUCCCUCCCUUCGCUCUCGUUGCCACGAACAAGACCCUGGCGGGGAGCUGCAUGGGCGGCAUGAGCGAGACCCAGGAGAUGCUGGACCUCGCGGCCAAGCACGGCGUGACGGCCGACAUCGAGGUCAUCCGUGCCGACUAUGUCAACACGGCCAUGGACCGCCUCGCCAAGGCUGAUGUAAGGUAUCGCUUCGUCAUCGACAUCGGCAACACCCUCCAAAAGGCCAUCACCGAGGCAGCCGACCUACUCACCGCUGCUUAAUUAAAUUGCCUCAUAGAGGGAAGUCUGUAAACUAAUAUAAGACGUUUUAGAAUACUAGAUUAGUGAUCUCAAACGUCUUAUAGUAGUUUACGGAGGAAGUGACAUGCAUAUCUUACUACUAGUCUAUGCUAUUACCUCUAUAAUAGAGAGUAAUGUAUGUGUGAUGUCAUGCAAUAUUCUAUUUAUUAUAUUGUAAACAUAUGUUGUUUUGCUU